AUGGACAUUGUUGGUAAGUAUCUAGAUUCGGUUGAUAAGUGGGAGUCGUUCUACGAAAUACAUGCAAAAUGGAUGGGGUUUGGAAAAAGGUCAGAUGACGUGAAGAGAAGAAAUGGGGUAGUAUCAAUGAGAAUGUGGGUUUGUACAAGAGAAGGUUAUAGACGGAGCGAAUAUGUGAAUGUGCCCAAUCGCAAAAAACGAUCAAGAUCAAUCACAAGAUCUGGAUGUCAGGCAGCUCUCAGAGUGGUUCAUAUGAAAGAUAAUGACUUAUGGUUGGCAAAAGAAUUUAGCCAUGAACAUAGUCAUGAAAUGGUAUUGGUCCCUGAGUUGCAAUUCCUCAAGAAUAAUCAUGUGGUAUCCGAUGGUUUGCUUGCACAAGUUCAUUCGAUGAACUCAGUCAGGAUAAAAACUUCUCAAAUUAUGUUCCAUAUUUCUAUGCAGUCGGGAGGUUAUGAGAGAAUGCCAUGUCAAGUUAGAGAUGUGUACAAUAAAGUCACAGGAGCAAUUAGGGAAGAAAAAUUAGAAAUUGAUGCAGAAGGUGCAUUAGGAUUCUUGGAUUUUCUUUCUACACGAUAA